CAUUGUGAUGGUGGCUGCAGCCGCCGCCGCCGAGAGCGAGCCACACAUUAGCGCGUCUGUAGGAUUUCCCUCAACACACACACACACACACACACGCGCGACUUUGUGAACUGCACACCUUUCUUUGUUCGCGCUCGGGAGGAGGGAAACAUUGUUUUUUGUUUUGUUUUGUUUUGUAACGCGCGAGCGCAGAGAAUGAACCGCACGCGGCGAAUGAAAUGAAAUGAAACGCAAAGUUGGGGAAACUCCUCCUCGGAGCGCCGCGGCUCGGACCGGGAAACUUUUCCUCUCGCGCAGAAGGACGGCGCGGUGAACCGGCGGACUGCUCGGAUGGAGCGCUGAGCGGCCAGAGCGCGGCGGACUGAGGGUCGCUCAAGAAAGAGCUGCCCGGUCGCUCUUUGCUCACUGCGGGGGAAAAACAAACAAACAAACAAACAAACAAACAAACAAACAAACGGAAAUAAAUUAAAAAACAGAUAAAGAAACAAAAUAACGGUGGAUGGUUGACACAGAAGAGUCCUGUGUUCCCAGAGGAGCGCUGCGUUAUCUGUCCUUUCCAGUCUCUGGUCACUCUAUCCAACCGGACCCGGGUUCGGAAAGCGGAGUCCGGGCUGGGUGGUGGUGGGGAAUUAAGCUUUAACAAAACUUCUAAAAAAAAAAAAAAAAAUCGCAGCAGAGGCAGCAGCAGCAGCACAGAUGAUGAUGGGGGAUUUCUCCGGUCCCGCUGCCUCUAACGGCGGCGGUGUGUGCAUCAACAGCACCGGGAACGUGAACCUAAACGCCGGUAGCAACACCACAAGUACUAAUAACUGUAAUAGCAAUAGCGGUGUCGGUCCCGGAGCCGGCGGUGCUGGUGUUGGAGCUGGAGUGCCAAAGCACAGCACGGUAGUGGAGCGGCUCCGGCAGAGGAUCGAGGGCUGCCGGCGGCACCAUAACGCCUGCGAGGCCCGCUAUCAGCAAGCGCACGCCGAACAGCUGGAGCUGGAGCGCCGGGAAACUGCGGCUCUUUAUCAGCGCACCCUGGAGCAAAGGGCCAAGAAGGGCAAACAACAACAACAACAACAACAACAACAGGGCAAGCAGCAAGAUCCGAGCGAGUCCUCGGAGCAGCGGAACAACACUCUGAUCGCGGCCUGCAACACAUUCCAAAAAAAGUUGGGACGAGGGCAAUUUAGGGCGAGUAAAGAGUCGGCUCAGCUGUACUUGGCUAACUGCUGUCUUCCUCUGUGCCUGCUUCAAGAGACAGUCAAAAGAAAACUGGACAGUGCUCAGUGCAGAUCUCCUUUAAAUGGUGACCAAAAUGGGAUCUGUGAUGGAAGCUACUCUCCCACUACAAAGAGGCUGCGUAAGGAGGGUAACAGUGGAUUGGACUCUCUGGGCACAUUGCCCAACAGUGUACCCCCAAUCUCUCCACUUCAUCAAAUGGACAUCAAGCCCACAUUACCUACAGGCAACAACACAACAUCUAAUAAUGCAAUGGGUAAUGGUAAUGCUGGUACAAAUCAUAUUACAGGGCGAGCAGAGGACUUGGGUAAGAAUGGUGGUAUGCCAGACAUUAAACUGAAUGGAUCUUUGGAGCUGGAUGAUGGUUUUAGCCUUCUAAAGGACAUGAAACAAGAGCCUCUGGAUGAUUCAACAGGGAUUGAAUCUUCUGACACCUCACUGUCCAAUCAGAACAAGUUGUUUUCUGACAUCAACUUGAAUGAUCAGGAGUGGCAGGAGUUGAUUGAUGAGCUGGCAAACACGGUUCCUGAAGAUGACAUGCAUGACCUCUUCAAUGAAGACUUUGAGGAGAAGAAGGAGGUUGGUGAUUUCAGCCGGCCCACAACAGAGCAAACACAGAAUCUGCAAGAGCCUGUACCUCCUCCAGUCGCCACAGCACCCAACAACCCACCACAGACACAAGGCGGGCAGAUGGGCUCUCCACAAGUUCGCCCAGCUUCUUCUGGACCACCGUUUGCCACUGCCGCCAAUGGCACACCACCCCAACAACCAUUGCAACAGUCUCCAGCAGUUGCUAUGGCAUCAGGGUCUCCUGCUAGCUGCAUUGCUCGUUCUCCACAAACCCCUACACAGGCCCAGACGCAGACCUCCAGACCUGGGAAUGGAUUUAUGAUGAAUCCCGGUCCUGGUGUGGGUCCCCCAGGGUCAACACCAGUAGCGACAGUAGGUCCUGGAGCAGGGACAGGAAGUGGACCAGUCCCAGUUCCUGUUCCACCAACCACUGAACUCUCACCGGCUGAACAGCUAAAGCAAAUGGCAGCACAACAACAACAACGUGCCAAGCUCAUUCAGCAGAAACAACAGUCGCAGGCGGCUAGCUGGUCCCCUGCAGGAGCGCCAACAAGCCCUUACGGUGGUCCCUUCAACCCUGACAAACCAAAUAGCCCCAUGAUGUACCCACAAGGCUUCAAUGCCCCCAGCUCGAUGGUGCCCAAACCUGGCAUGAACAACUACCUCCCACAAAACCAUAUAAACAUGAUGAACCAGCAACAGCAGCAGCAACAAUCUGCCAACAUGGCAGCGCAGAAUGCCUUGAACAAGCAGCUGUCUUACAACAACACCAAACCAUUGAGUCAUUUCAGCGGUGUCGACCACAUAAGUCAGCGAAUGACCCCACCAAUGGCCAAUCAGGUCAAAAAUCCCAUGAUGCCCUAUAUGCAGGGGACAGGGGGACAGGGUGGGGGGCCACCCCCUUCUCAAGGCCCCAUGCCUGGGCAGACAGCGCAUCUGACUGAAGAGCAGAAGAGGAUGAUGAUGAUGAAGCAGAAGGCGCUUGGCCAGGGUUUGCCAUUCAGUGCGAUGCAGCAACAUGCACAGGAGCAGGGCAUGGUUGGGAUACCGCGCCAGGCCGGAGGGGUCCAAGCCCCUCACGGAGGCCCAGGAGGUGUGCCCUCGGCUGGGCCGAAUGGGGCAGGGCCAGGUGGUUACCUGGGUAACCAGCAGCAGCAGCAACAAGCAGCCAUGAUGAAGCAGAUGAUGGCUAUGGAGCAGGAGAAGAGAGUUCAGCUUCACCUAAUGGAGCAGCAGAAAGUUCAGCUCCUGCGGGAACAAAGGCAACAGCAACACCACCACCUACUGGCAGAGCAGUUACAGCAGCAACAGCAGCAGCAGCAUCUCCCGAGGCAGAUAAGUCAAGCACAGAGAAACCCAUAUCCUCUCCAACAGUUUCAGGGCACACAGCAAGAGAUGGCGGCAAGGAACCAGGCGCUUCAGAGCAUGAGGAACGCUCGUCUCCUACAGCAGCAGCAACAGCAGCAGAACCAAGGCAUGCUACAGAUGGCACCAGUUCAGAACCCUGGUCCCAUGCCCACUCAGGGCGAGAUGGGCAUGGCCUAUGGAAGCCAGGCAGGCACGCAGGCAGCCAUGUACCAGGGCAUGAACUCAGGAAUGGGUCAGAUGCUCCAGCCACAGCAUCACCCCAACCAGGCUGGCAUGGCCAUGGCACAGAGACCUGCAGGCACGGGCGGCCAGGGAAUGGUGGGAGGCGGAGCUGGAAGUGGAUAUGGGCAGGGCAUGAUGAUGAACCCUGCCCUCUCUCAACAGCAGAUGAAGCCGGCUGGCCAGCCAAUGGCCAAAGCCCAGGCUCAGAGACUGCAAAGCAUGAUGGGAGGCGGAGGUCAGGGAUGGCCCCAGCAGCAGCAGCAGAAUAUGCAGGCCAUGAGUGGGAGGACUACAAACGACAUGGUGGCGUUUAACAGUAACCCUGUAUAUGCCAUGCAAGGUGGGCAGCCAUCAAGGAUGCCCAAGCAGCAUUUUAGCCAAGGGAUGGGCGGUCAGGGCAUGGUGGACCCACGGGCCAUCAACCCAGCAAGCAUGGGCGGACCCAUGAUGCCUCACAUGGCAGGCCAACCAAGGACCAAUCAGCCACGGGGAAUGGCAAUGUCAGGUAUGGGUCAGGCCGUGCCCAACAUGGCUGCUUUCGGACAGGGCUCCACACAGGCCAUGGCAGGGGCAGGACCAGGUGGAGGGGCCUAUAUGCCAAGCGGGCAGACACAAGGCUAUCAACGGACAUCAAGUCAAGACUUGGCUUACGGUUAUGCUGGCCAAUCAGGGACCGGGAGUGGGGUCUCGUUCGGCCUGUCGGACAGUGCAGAGCUGGACUCAACGGACGGCUGGAUGGAGGAAUUUUUCCCCAGCCAAUAGCCAAUGUGGAAAAUGUUUGGGGGUGGGGGACCUUUGAGAUGGGCCAGAAAAGUUUUUUUUUUCUUUUCUCAAAAAGAAAAAUGAAAAUCAUUUCUAUAGACGGAGUGUUUGUUUUUGUUUUUUUUAUGUUUAUUCUUUCCAUUUAAUAUGAUGGGAAGAUUAUUACAUGUUGUGUAUUGUAUGUGUGAUGUCACUAUAUUUAAACCAACAAUCUCUAAGAUCUGAUUCUAGCUAGAAGCCAAGUCUCUUUCCGUCCUGUGCCCUUCAUCAUCUUUUCUUCAUCAUCUUUUUCAGACUUUUCUAGGGACGACACAGUGUAAAACCUAAAUUAAUUGUGAAAUAGAAAGAUUUUUGCCCAGUGUUUAGACCAGCUGUUGGUUUUUUGCUCUCAACCCUGUCUGUUUAGUCAAUAAUGAAUUCUGAAGUGUGUGUGUGUGUGAGAGAGAGAGAGAUUAUUUAAAAAAAAACAUAAAACAAAAAAAUGCAACAGCACCGUCACCUCACCACCAGUUCCCUUUGCUCUGAUAGUGAUUCACAGAGCCAGCAGUUCCACUUCCACCUCGUUCUUUCUGCAAACAUCAGAGCAAAACACCUCACAGUCUUUACUCUCAGCACAUGCAGCACCAGUGUUUGUGUGCUUUAACUAAUCGAAGAGACUUGGCAGCUACAAAUUUGUCUCUCCACCUAAAAUCUGAAGGCCGGAGGACAUUAUGUUUUCUCGUAAGUCAUAUGGCAGCUAGGAACACAAGCAUGGCGUCGUCUCCCACAUGGGCCAGAAACACACAGUCCUCUCAAGCAACGUGCAGCCAAACACACAUUUUAGAUCCAACCUUCGAAUGUAACACCUUCCACAAGUGACUUUAGAUACAAAGGCUUUCCCAUACAGUCAGGUCCAUAAGUAUUUGAACAGUGGCGCAAUAUGCACAAUUAUGCCUCUGUACACCGCCACAGUGAAUUUAAAAUGAAAUGAUCAAGAUGUGAUUGAAGUGUAGACUUUCAGUUUUAAUUCAAGGCCUUUAAUAAUAAUAAUAAUAAUAAUAAUAAUAAUAAUAAUAAUAUUGCAUUUAGGAUUUACAGCUGUUUUUACAUAGUCCCUCUAUUUUCACAGGGUCAAAAGUAAUUGGGCAAUUGACUGAUAAGCAGUUUCAUGGCCUGGUUCCUGAUUAUUUCAUGACAAAUUAACAAUUAACAGUUGACAAGGUCGGGAGUUGAUUCCAAGUGUUGGGCAGCUGUUCAUGGGAACUCUCAACAUGCGGUCUAAAGAUGUGUCGAUGCAGUAGACGGAGGCCAUAAUUGGGCCUGUCUUAUACUUCUGCAUAGAAUUUAUGCCAUAAGUAUGGUGUAUCCACAUAACCAGUGUCAUAGGCUACACCAUAGCCUGACACACACCUCCCCAGAAAUGGCGCUACAUGUCAUGGCGAUGCAGAUCACAACCACUGUGAUUGGUCUGCUUGGUAGCAUUGCAGUUCUUCCUACACGUUUCUGGCUGCUGCUUCUUCUCCGCCAUUUUGAAAGUGAGUUGAACAAACAUGGAACAAUUGAAGAGACAUUCUGUAAAUUGGACAUUUAAAAACACUCUGUAAAAUCAGCAUUUCAACAGAUUCACUGAACAGUGAAGAUAAAUGAACAAGCGAGUUUUUCCUUCACAUACAGUGAAAUGAUCAUCUCAUCUCAUCUCAUUAUCUCUAGCCGCUUUAUCCUGUUCUACAGGGUCGCAGGCAAGCUGGAGCCUAUCCCAGCUGACUACGGGCAAAAGGCGGGGUACAUCCCGGACAAGUCGCCAGGUCAUCACAGGGCUGACACAUAGACACAGACAACCAUUCACACUCACAUUCACACCUACGCUCAAUUUAGAGUCACCAGU